AUGUGCUAUGAAGCCUCCAGACCCUCGUGUUAUGAAGCCUCCAGACCCACGUGUUACGAAGCCUCCAGACCCACGUAUUAUGAAGCCUCCAGACCCUCGUGUUAUGAAGCCUCCAGACCCUCGUCUUAUGAAGCCUCCAGACACAUGUGUUUGAAGCCACUAGAGCCACGUGUUAAGAAGCCUCCGGACACACGUGUUAUGAACCCUCCAGACCCACGUUAUGAAGCUCCAGAGACACGUAUUAUGAAGCCUCCAGACCCACGUGUUAUGAAGCCUCCAGACCCAUGUGUUAUGAAGCCACUAGAGCCACAUGUUAAGAAGCCUCCAGACCCAAGUGUUAUGAAGCCUCCAGACCCAUGUGUUAUGAAGCCUCCAGACCCACCUGUUAUGAAGCCUCCAGACCCCACGUGUUAUGAAGCCUCCAGACCCAUGUGUUAUGAAGCCACUAGAGCCACGUGUUAA